AAAGUCAGCAGCAGCCAGAGAAGGAGAGCAUGAGGAGAAAAUCCCACACUGAUGCAAACCACCAUCAAAUCCUCUCACAACGUCACGUCUGUGCAGGCUCAGGGUGAAGCGCGCGUGUGAAUUAGAUUGUAAAAAAUCACCUUGCCUUCCGUCUGGGCUCCAUGUUGGAGAUGUAGCCUGUCUGCGGGCUGCUUUUUCCUCAAACUUUUGGGUCUCCAAUGCGACCGUCUCCUCAGGGGGUGCGCUUGUGCGUCUCUUCCACCUCGCACCCAUGAACUUCUGGGCCCCGCGCGCGCCGCUGAUGCUGCUGAGGCUCGUGCAUCCUUCAAGAUGAAGACGAGGACCCUCCUGUCGGUCAGCCUGAACUUUUUUGCCCUGUUCUUCGCCAUCACUGCCUUCAUUACAACUUACUGGUGCGUCGGCACGCAGCGCGUGCCCAAGCCCAAAUGCAGCAAACUGCGGACGCACCAGUGCAUAGACUACGGAGUGAACGAAACGGACCCUAACAAGGUGGUGUACAGCUGGGAGACCGGGGAUGACAGGUUCCUGUUCAGACAGUUCCACACCGGCAUCUGGUUCUCAUGCGAGGAAAACAUCCACGAUGAAAGUGAAAGAUGCCGGAGUUUCAUCGAUUUAGCUCCUGCAUCAGAGAAAGGAAUGCUGUGGCUGUCGCUGGUCUCUGAGAUGUUAUAUAUUUUGCUGCUUAUGGUGGGCUUCAGCCUCAUGUGUAUGGAGUUGGUCCACUCAAGCAACAUAAUUGAUGGGCUCAAGCUCAAUGCCUUUGCUGCUGUCUUCACAGUGCUCUCAGGUCUUCUUGGCAUGGUGGCUCAUGUGAUGUAUACCCAGGUCUUCCAGGUCACCGUUAGCCAUGGUCCACCGGACUGGAGGCCCUACAACUGGGAUUAUGGGUGGUCUUUCUGCUUGGCGUGGGCUUCGUUCACCUGCUGUAUGGGCGCAUCAGUCACCACCCUCAACUCCUAUACAAAGACAGUUAUCGAGUUCAGACACAAGCGGAAGACCUUCGAGCAAACCAUCAGGGAAGAGAACGCGCGUGAGGCGUACAGAUACUAUCGGGGCAACUCCUUGCACUCCAUUUCUAAAUCAGUGGACAUGUAUUCCAAUCAGUCCCUUAAAAGCGGCAGGAGGACUCCCAUACCUGCUGCCUCCUUGGACUUUUGUGACUUUGCAGCAUCUCUUGGGGAAGAACAGUGCUGAAAUAUCUUUGCUGUGUUCACCUCUCAAGUUUUUGCAGGUCUGCUCCAUCUUAUGCUCUUCAACACUGCCUUAAUUGAAGCAGGUCAAGGAGCUUUAAGUCACACUUAAUUCAAGUUGGAGAGGCCAGAAAUAAACUUGGAAAAGAAGGAUCUGCCAUCUGAGGUCCAUGGAAUGCAGUUGUAUCUUCUUUGUGUUACUUAAUACAUUGCAAAAUUAAAGGAAAUGUUGAGUUCAAACAUAUAAACAUUGUAAGUUUCUCUCAGUUUCUUAUUGCCUUCAACUUUGGCAGUUUUAACAGAAUGACAAACAUUAGGCUUUACUGGGUUUUCUUCAUAGUAAGUAAAACAAAACAUUUACUGAACCUGUGCCUGUUCACCUUUUAUUUUCUGGAGCAGAAAAAGAUAAUUGUUAGUCACUAUUAUGCCGUCUAACCAUGAAACCCAGUUUUUAAAAAAGGUAUUUCAAAAAUGGCUUCCAAAAAAUGUUUACUGCAUUUUCUUGACUUUAUGAAGUAAAAGGAGAGUAAACACAUGAAGUAAUUGAGUGGAUAAAUGCUGCCUCUGACUGGCUAAAACAGUUCCCUUAAUUUUCCCUCCAUUAUUAAAAACAAAACAAAGUUGGUUGUUCAGGAAACAUCUGUGGUUGCUAAAACAUGCACAGUUAUGUUAAAACUUAAGGACCAAUACUCAUCACUGUUUGCUCUAAGGGUCUUUUCUGUGUUAAGUUUAAAUGUUUUGUCCAUUCAUGGAUUUUUUCUUUCUGGGUACACAGGCCUCCUGCCACAGUCUGAACACAUCUCUGCUUAGUUUAUUGAUCCAUGUGGAUUGCUAAUAGGUCUUAAGUUUGUGUGAGGGUGGUUGACUGUCUGUGUUGGACUGGCGAUCUCUCACCCAUUGCCUGCAGGAAUCUGCAAGAAUUGAGCACAUAAGGAAAAUAAAUUGAAGCUCGCUUCUUAUUUUGCAAA